CUUUGCAUUGUGGGAAAUCUUCCCUUUUUCUAUUCGGCCAUUUUUCGGUUACUUCUGUGGUGGGCCAGACCGGAGCGAACAUCGAAAAUGGUGGCCGCAAAGAAAACAAAAAAGUCUUUGGAGUCUAUCAACUCAAGACUCCAGCUUGUUAUGAAAAGUGGUAAAUAUGUGCUGGGCUACAAGCAGACUUUGAAGAUGAUCCGACAGGGCAAGGCCAAACUGGUAAUUCUGGCCAACAACACCCCUGCCUUGAGGAAAUCAGAAAUUGAAUACUAUGCAAUGUUGGCCAAGACUGGAGUACAUCACUACAGUGGAAACAACAUUGAGCUUGGCACAGCCUGUGGUAAAUACUUCAGAGUAUGCACACUGGCUAUCAUCGAUCCUGGUGAUUCUGACAUCAUCAGAAGUAUGCCAGAGCAGACAGGCGAGAAGUAAAUCCACUUUUUUUCCCCAAUUGUUAUAAAUAAAUGUGGUGAAAGAAA